AUGGUAGUUUUGUCAUGGCUACGAACCCCUGCUCAUUUACUCAAGGUUUUCGUUGCUAAUCGUGUUGUUAACAUUUUAGAUCGGACUUUACCAUCUCAAUGGUUCCAUGUUCCAACAGCUGAUAACCCUGCCGAUAUUGCCAGUCGUGGCUGUAUACCAAGUCAGCUUGUAAACCAUAAGUUGUGGUGGUCAGGUCCCGAUUUUUUGCGCCAAGAUUUUUCUUUAUGGCCAAGCCAAGAUGUAGCCUCGGUUCCUGACCUGCCCGACCUAAAAGAGGUUGGCCCAUCAUUGAUAGGCCAUGUUACAGGUGGAGAUGAUGGUGUUGUUCUUCUUCUAGAACGUUUCUCAUCUCUUGUUAGAGCCAAGCGAGUUAUAGCAUGGAUGUUGAGAUUUAAGAAAAACACUUCGCUUCCCAAGGAACAACGUAAUUUCCAGUAA